AUGUAUGUAGGGCGAGGGAUCAUCCUAGACCAACUAAAGAGAGUCGCAUGCCAGCCUGAGAAUCCGUUCUCAAAGUUGAUAACCGACCAAUCAAUUGCGAUUGUCCCUUCCUUUACCCUCGAAUCCGGUGUUACGCUAUAUAAUGUUCCUGUAGCAUACACAACCAAAGGCAAACUUUCUCCAUCAGGGGAUAACGCUCUGGUGGUUUGCCAUGCAUUGAGUGGUAGUGCUGAUGUUGGUGAUUGGUGGGGACCACUGCUCGGUGGCCCUGGACAGGCUUUUGACGUUACUAGAUUCUUCAUCAUUUGUUUGAACAGCUUGGGUAGUCCAUAUGGCACCGCUAGCGCCGUCACUUACAAAGAUGGUGACUCGAAGAGGGGCAUAUAUGGACCGGAGUUCCCACUAACAACUAUAAGAGAUGAUGUCAACCUUCACAAGAUUAUUUUGGAUGACCUAGGAGUCCGACAGAUAGCUGCUGUGGUUGGUGGCUCUAUGGGCGGGAUGUUAACGUUGGAAUAUGCCUACUUUGGUAAAAACUAUGUCCGUUGUAUCGUGCCAAUCGCAACAUCAAGUCGACACUCAGCGUGGGGUAUAAGUUGGGGUGAGGCACAGAGACAGAGCAUCUACAGUGACCCGAAAUACGAAGACGGCUAUUAUCCGUUUGAUGACCCACCUGCCACUGGGCUCGGUGCUGCUCGUAUGUCAGCACUUCUGACUUAUCGUAGCCGAAAUUCGUUUGAAGCCAGGUUUGGCCGGAAUGUGCCUGAUCCGUCAAAAAGACAAAAUAUUAAUGGGACCCAGCGUCUGCCAACACCGCCUAAUGAGCACUGGGCUGUCCAUAACGAUGGCCAUAAGAGCACGCGUCCAUCUCGGCCGUCAAGUGGAACUCAUACGCCCAAACCACAGACAGAACUUCAGUUCACUGACCCUCAGUUCACGGGAGCAACCAUAUACACUGCACACGCGCCUAUACCUGCAUCUCCAGGGUCUCUUGCAUCUCUAGAUGUAUCCAGGCGGCCGACGACCUAUUUCUCCGCCCAAUCCUAUCUGCGAUAUCAGGGAGAGAAGUUUGUUAAGCGCUUUGACAGCAACUGUUAUAUCGCGAUUACCCGUAAACUGGAUACACAUGAUGUUUCAAGGCACCGCGCGGAUCCGGAAUCCCUGACACCCGUAAAGGACGCACUAUCCCAGAUUGAGCAACCAGCACUCAUCCUUGGAAUUGAAAGUGACGGCUUAUUCACUUUUGCUGAACAACAGGAAAUCGCAGAUGGAAUUCCGGAUGCACGGUUGAAAACCAUUGAUAGCCCAGAAGGCCACGAUGCUUUCCUGCUACAAUUUGAGCAGGUGAACAGACAUAUUCUAGAAUUUUUCAGAGAAGUCCUGCCCGAGAUCAUGGCUUCCUCGGAGACCGCCGCUAAUGCUGAUGGUGAUCAUGUUGGUAAGCUUACGAAGAGCAGCACGUUUGGUGAAGCAGAGGUGGAUGACAUAACCGCUUGGUGA